CGCAAGUACGCGCGGAAAUCCGAAACCAGGCUAACGUCAUCGCUCACGUGAGGGGUGGUCCAAGCUCAGAUUGCAGAUAACGAGAGGCCGGGGAGAGCUCCCCUUCGAGGCUCGAACACCAGGCAACAGACACGAUUCAAGAUCAACGCCCUCACUCACCACGAAUUACGAACAUAUCUUGCUGCACAAAUUUGAACGCUAUAUGACUGGGCUUAUCUAUUGAUUGAGCAGACCUCGCCUGUCUCAACCGAAGUAGCUAUCUCGCCAUUCACUCGCCCCGCAACCAGCCAACAACAGACGCCCUCCUGACCACCCCAUUCCCACUGCCCGCCGUGAUGUGGAACCUGUUUCGCAUAUUGGGGGAUUUAUCUCAUCUUGCCUCGAUCUGUCUACUGAUAUGGGCGAUUCAUAAAAACAAGAGCGCCGAAGGCGUCUCGCUUCUCACACAGCUCCUCUAUGCAGUAGUAUUUGUUACACGGUAUCUUGAUCUAUUGAAUCCGGAUACGUGGUCGGUACGGAGACACGGCAAGGCGGUUCUCUGGAAUGUCCCGUUCAAGCUGUUCUUCAUAUUCUCGGCCUUUUAUACCAUCUUCAUCAUGAUGAAGGUCUUCCCGCGAACGAGGGAGCGUGAAAGAGCUUGGAAACUCGGGAUCUAUUCCGUGCUUGCCUCCGUCGUGUUGUCGCCGCUGUCAAUCGUCAUAUUGGAGAAGGGUUUCCCAUCUCACUGGUUCUUAGAGCUUUUUUGGGCUUUCUCCAUCGUCCUCGAGUCCGUCUGCGUCCUCCCGCAGCUUCUACUUCUCCGGCAAACCACAGUUCCCACCGUCAUCGACUCCUACUACCUCGCUGCAUUGGGCUCAUACCGUGCCUUCUACCUCCUCAAUUGGCUCGUGCGCGGCUUCGGAAGCGAGCACUACUGGGACCUGAUCGCCUUCGUCUUCGGCAUCGUGCAAACGGCAUUCUACAUUGACUUCGCUUGGGUGUACUACUCGCGACAGCGAGUGAAGCUGCGCAACGGCGGCGUCGUUGACUCGGAGGACUUUAGCAAGAGCUGGCUGGUGAACCGGGUGGUGAAUUUCCGCGCGGGUCGUGCAUCGACGGAUGAGGAGCAGCAUCUGAAUGAUGAGGAGGGCGGGGAUGGCCGGGCUAGUAGUAACCGGUGGGGUGCGCGAGGGAUCUCAAUUGCGGCGGAUGAUACGUUGGAGAACCAAGGUCGGCAUGGUGGCCAUGAUGACGAUGAGGAUGGGUUUGAGGGCGUUCUGGCGGAUGAUUACAUGGAUGAUCGUGAGCACGCACCACGAACUCGUACGACUGGUUGAUCUGUCUCCGGCUGGGCCAAGGGAGGAAUCGUGGUUGAAGUCGCGGCGGAGCGGAGCGGAGUGGGGCUCCUUGGAAGAUGGAGUCGGGCUAGUUUUUGAAUAUAUUUAGCUUUUCGGCGGGUAUCAACUUUUUUUCUUUUGCUCUGGUACAGAGCGUCUGGUGUUGAUGCCAUCACGGUUGCAUCUAUGGAGCAUGCAAAGGAAAUCUAUGGAACGGGUGUCCGUACUUCUACCAUGUGGAGUGGACUUUAUAUAAACAGAUACCUGAUGUAACAGAUAGGUGAAUUAAGUCUUGAUUCAGUCGCUAAAUCA